CCUCUAAGAAGCCAGAAAGGGACACCUCUCUCUCUUUCUCUCACAAACGACGUUCCUCUCUCUCUCUCUAUAAUUUUCAAGCAGUGCUCUCUUUUUGGAGCAGGAGGAAAGAAUUUUUCUCUCUCUAAAAGCCCAUUGACCCUGAGCCUCCUCUGAUAACACACAAAGGAGGCUCUCUCUCUCUCUCUCUGUUUCUAACUAUGAAUAAUUCUCGUCCUUCCCUUUUGGAGACCGAAAAGGAGGACAUCUGAUCUCUCUCUCAACUCAGGCACAAAUCCCUACGCCUCCUUCUCUCUUAAAACGCAGAGAGAACAUCUCCCGAUGUAAUUCCUAGCCUCCCCCACUGAAAAUUCAGAAUUCAGAAAGAAACCCCUCUCUCUCUCUCUCUCUCUAUGAUGGACAAACGAGGUGUAUACCCGAACCUCUAAUGGCUUCCCUUCCUCUCUCUCUCACGCUCCAAUCCUAUAUGUCUCUCUUCCUCCUCCAUUAAUGGCGCCCAACCAUCGAACUCGUGCUCUUUCUCAACCACCAAAUCCUACCCCAACUCAUUUUCCCAACACAUUUGCGCCCAACGACGCUCUCUUGGCCUGGUUCAACGGCGAAUUUGCAGCUGCAAAUGCCAUUAUAGACCUUCUAUGCGCUCACCUUCGAUUGGUUUCAGAUAGGCCCUCUCAAUAUGACUCAGUUUUGGCUUGUAUAAAUCAGAGGAGACUGAAUUGGGCUCCAGUGCUUCAUAUGCAAAAGUACUUUCCCAUUACAGAUGUGGCCUUUGCUCUGCAACUGGUUGUUAAUGGAAGGCAGGGGCAAAACGGGGAUUCCUUGACUGGUGAGGUGGUGGAUGAGGAAGAGGAAGAGGAAGAGGAAGAUGGUCGAUCAUCGUCUCGUGGAUUUCAGGAAAGGAAAUGCCCUUCAGAGAACAUUUCGAUUUUCUCCGGACAUGAGGAUUGCCGGCAACGUCCUGCUAGGAUAAAGACCACCAAGGGUUUCAUUGCAAAUGAGCUCAUAAAGGGGCAUAUGGUUAAUGUUGUAAAAGGUUUGAAGCUCUACGAGAAUGUUUUCUCCAAUCAGGAACUUUCUAGUCUUGCUGUCAUUGUAAAUGAACUUCAUCUUGCGGGCCAAAAAGGAGAACUAUUAGGCGAGACAUACAUUGUUCUCAACAGACAAUUGCAUGCCAACAAAAGAGAAAUAAUCCAGCUUGGUGUUCCCAUCUUUGGAUUGAAGAAAGAAGAAUCAGCAAGAACAGUAGAGCCCAUCCCAGCAUCUUUGCAUGCUGUCAUUGAUCAUCUUGUCCAGUGGAAUUUGAUACCUGAAACUGCAAGACCAAAUUGUUGUGUUAUCAACUACUUCAAUGAGGGGGAUUUCUCUCAACCUUAUUUGAAACCCCCACACUUUGAUCUGCCGAUUUCUACACUCUCACUGUCUUCCGAAUGUAAAAUGGUUUUCGGGCCAGUUUUGGCUAAUGAUCAGCAUGGAAACUAUAAUGGUUCGCUGAUGCUCUCCCUCAAGGAAGGAUCACUUGUAGUCAUGACAAGACAUUGUGCCGAAAUUGCAAGGCACGCUAUAUGCUCCUCACCUACAAAAAGGAUCACCAUAACGUUCCUCAAGGUUCAAGCCAAGCCGAUAAAUCAAAACCGUCUGCCUCCCCUCUCUCAGCAAGCAUCAACAGCCAUGGCUGUGGCUCUUAGCCAACCAGGCAUUCCCCAAUUGCUCCCUGCCUUUAGUGCAGGACCCACCCCCUUAGGCUUGUCAAAUGUGGUCCCUAGAUGGGGUGUUCUCUAUGGUCCCAUGAUCGCAGUGGCCCACGCCCCAAUAGCAGUGGGCCCCACAAAGGGAAUAACUAGAGGUGGAACUGGGGUAUUCUUGCCCUCUCCUUCUCGUUCGGAUAGUCCAAAGAAUCACAGAGAAGCACCUCAGGCUAAAGGGAGGAUGGCUUCCAAGACUCCCCCAACUGCCCCAAAGCCUGCAAAAUCUGAUCUAGACACAGGUCUUGUUCACUGAUUAUGUUUUUGUGUUCAUUUAUUUUCUAUUUAGAACUUCUUGUACUGAUAGAGACCACCUCGUGAGAGUUGUGGUGUGUUUUGUGGUUCGUUUUUCUCCAGAAGUUCUUGAACUUGGAGAGGGGAUUAUGUUUGUGUUGAGGCAUCCUCUCUCUCUAGAACUUUCUGCACUAGGAAGCAAACAUGCUAUGUUGAGUUGUUCAUGCUUUGUAGAGUUUCUUGUACUAGCAUAUGCCCAGUAGAUUCGGCAUCAGGGAACUGUACUUUAAAUUGAGUUGAUGUUUAAGAAUAGCAUUUUCAGUUUAUUUGAAGAA